UGGUCUGCAACACACAAAACCAAACCCCAGAAGAAGAAAACCUUUAACUUUCAUUCCAAAUAAAGAAUGGAACACUCCACAAAAUUCUUCUGGGUGUUGGUUUUGUGUAUUGUUGCAAUGACAUACCAGGCAAACGCACUUGAAACAGUGGAAACACUGAAAGGAGAGAGUCUAAUAAAAAAGGUAUGCACACUUUCCGCAACCAGAAACCUUUGCAUUGAGGUUCUCUCUUCAGACAGUUAUAAAAGCCCUAACGCAAAUCUGAAAGACUUGGCAAUCAUUUCCCUUAGGUUUGCUGCCACAAAUGCUUCCGGGAUCCUCGCUGAAACCAAAAUUUUGAUCGACGAUGAUAAACUCAGCCCUGAUGUCCAACAAGGUUUGGCUGAUUGCAAGGAGACCAUUCUAGAUGCAGAGAGCCAGCUAGAGGACAGCAUUGCCGCUAUCAUGGUUGAUUCCAAGGGUGAAACACAACUUUGGCUCAAAGCUGCCUUGGCUGCAAUUGACACCUGCGACGCCUCUAUCCCCGGGGACGAUGACAUUCUCUCCGUUGAAAGUGUCGCUUUCCGUAAGCUCUGCAACAUUGCUAUCACCGUUACCAAGCUCCUUCUUCAUCCCAUCAAGCUGUAAAAACCUCCGCUUAUGCUAUUGUGCAUGCAUCCAUCUCUCUAACUCUUUUCUUCAUCUUCUGCAUCGCCAAUCUUAAAUUGCAUGUUGUUGCACUACAUUUUCAACCGAUGAAUAAUUAAUAGUGUUUCAGAAGUUUCAAAUAUUA